CUCUCUAAUGACUCACCAAACACCAUCCAUCAAAACCAAACUUUUCUCAACAUGGUAGUGCCAAUGACCUCACUUCUCCUUCCUCUAAUGGCUAUCCUAAUACUAUCCACAUUAACACAAAUCUCAUAUGCUCAAAACUCACCACAAGACUACCUCAACAUUCACAACAAAGCACGUUCAGAAGUUGGUGUUGGCCCUAUAUAUUGGGACAAAAAACUUGCCUCCUAUGCACAAACCUAUAUCAACCAAUUAAAAGCAAAUUGUAAAAUGGUACACUCCAAGGGUCCAUAUGGUGAGAACCUAGCAUGGAGCAGUGGUGAUAUAACAGGAACAGGCGCUGUUAACAUGUGGAUCAGAGAGAAGCAAUACUAUGAUUACAACAGUAACUCAUGUGCUGUUGGUUAUAAGUGUGGACACUAUACUCAGGUUGUUUGGCGCGAUUCGGUUCGGGUUGGAUGUGCGAAGGUUAAGUGUAAUGAUGGUCGUAGCACCAUUAUUAGCUGUAACUAUGAUCCACCUGGUAAUUAUAUUGGACAAAGGCCUUUUGAUAUUAGUCCUUUUGAAGUUCCAUUAAGCUUCAACCAUGAAAGUUUUUAGGUCAAGUAAGGUGAGAUCGAUAACAAGUGUGUUGGAAUGUGAAUUAAAUAAGUUGUUGUACAUGUGACAGUUCUGUAUAUAUGUUAGUAUAUGCAGAGAGAUUAGUCACACUUUAUCUUUAUUUACAUUUGGAGAUUAAUGAAUUUUUAUGCUAAUAAUUAAAAAAAAAAGAGUAUUAAGAUUUUAUUCAAGCCUAUUUAAUUUGAACAUAUAACUAAAUGCAUAUGAAUUGCUUA